GCGUCACGCGGGGGCGGGAAGGGGGAAAUGUCAGGGGCGUGGCGUUCCCACCCCGGGCGGACCCGAAGACAGCGUGGUUAAGUUGUUGAACGGAGCGCGGGCCGUGCCGGGUUUCUCGGCGAUCCUCACGGGUCCUUCGCGGGAUCCUCGGGGAAGCGCAGCCAGUAGGGCCGAGCGCUGGGUGCGGGACCGCUUGCUUCCGUGAGAUCGUCCAUCUGAGCGACGUGACUGCUCCCCCAAGACGUCCCUCGCCCUUCCAGGGCCACGCAAACUUCAGCGCAGCCCCCGAGGGGCUCAGAAGAUGGCCUAGAACCCCACGGAAAUGUCACGCCGGCGUCUUUCACUCGUCGCUCGCCGUUGGGGCUCGGUCAUUUGCCAGACUCUUGCCCCUGCUGUCUGGGUCGGCGGCAGCUGAAGAGUGGGACGAAGGACUCGCUUGUUCGUAAAUUCAGAGCCCGGCUGCAAGUCAGCAAAACCUCGGACUUGAUAGCUAUUCUUGGUUAUCAACUUGACUGUCUCUGGAAUGAACUACAGAAAUGGAGGACGCACCUAUGAGAGAUUUUCUGCUUGGUUUGAAAUGAAUGAAUCUACUUCUAGUCCAGGCCUUUGAGGUAGGAAGAAACUCACCUUUGAUCUGGAUCUUGAGGCUGGAAGACACAGGCCUUUAAUUCAGAUCUUGAGGUGGAAAGGCACACCUUUAAUCUGGGCCACACCUUCUGCUGGAAGUCUAUAUAAGGACAUAAAGGAAGGCAGCUUUUGCUGUUUGCCUGCUUCCCCUCGCCUAGCCCAUCCGUUCUCUCACUAGCAUUGGAGCAUACUUCUUGGGAUUCCAGCGAAUGCAGAAGACCAGCUGAGACACCAGCCUUGUAGGACUGAGCAACUACUGAAUUUGGACUGUGUGUUCACAGCUCGUCGUUGUGGGAGUGGCUGGACUGUAAGUCAUUCAGAGAGAGAGAGAUUCGUUCUAUAAGUUCUGUGACGCUAGAGAACUCUGACUAGUACAGAUUUUAGUGCCAGCAGUGGUUCUAGAGAAAGAGAAGUAUAAAGAUGAAUCUUUUAAGUAUCUGGAGUAGGCUUUUCAAUUCACCAGCACCUUCAACUACAGCCACUCCCUCUCCUGGGAUCUUGGAGAAUACUGAAAGCCCGUGGUGCGAACUAUAUUACAAACUUAAAGAGAUAGAAGCAUUUGAUUAUCCUGAUUCACCAAUUGUAAGCGACAGUGGAUUUGACAACCUUGUAUAUGCAACUUUUGACAGUUUGGGGGAAAAUAAGGAAAAUAAUGCUGCUGGUUGGUUUCUCUUACUAUCUCUGGAUAAACUGAUAAAGGAUAGGAAUGAGCUCCGUGAUCAAAUUAACCAACUUCAGAAAAUGAAGAAGGAUAACAAAGAACUUAGUGACAAAAAUGACCAGCUCCAGAUGCGAAUAAAUAGUCUAAAGGUUUCUAAGUGUGCCCUGGAAGAGAAUUUUCUUGCCAGCAGCCACAGAGCUCGAGUUGUGGAAAAUCAAACUGAAGCCCUCAUUAUAAGGUUGGCUGAACUACAGCGAAAAUCCACAUCUCAGCCUCAGCGGGUGUCAGCGGUUAAAGUAAGGGCAUUAGUUGGUAAAGAGUGGGAUCCUGUAACUUGGGAUGGGGAUGUGUGGGAGGACCCUAUUAAAGCUGAGAACUUUGAACCCUCAGAUUCUCAAGGGCUUAUCUCACCUCAGGAAAUAGUACCCUCGGCCCCACCCCUUGAAAUACUGCCUUCUUCACCUUUCACUGAGGAAAUUAAUCCGUCAUUGACGGCUAAACCAGCAGUGACUUUCUCUGAAGAAGAUGCCAAUCAAGGCAAUACUGAUGUCCUUGAGAGCCCACCAAUAGCUCCUUCUAGAUGUAUAACUGGACCUAAAGCAAAGCAGGCUUCUAGAGGGGAGGUAGAAAGUGUAGCCCAUGAGGAGGUGCACUACACUACUAAGGAGCUUAACGUGUUUGCUCAUUCAUUUAAGCAGAAGUCUGGGGAAUAUGUGUGGGAAUGGGUUUUAAGGGUGUGGGAUAAUGGUGGAAGGAACAUAAAACUAGAUCAGGCUGAGUUUAUUGACAUGGGCCCUCUGAGUAGAGAUUGUAGGUUUAAUAUGGAAGCUCGCACUGUUAAAAAGGGGGUCAAAAGUUUGUUUGAAUGGUUGGUUGAAGCAUUUAUCAAAAGGUGGCCUACUGAAAAGGAGUUGGAGAUGCCUGAUCUUUCCUGGCUUAGUGUUGAUGAAGGGAUUUUAAGGCUCAGGGAAAUUGCAAUGCUAGAGUGGGUGUAUUGUGUAAAAUCUGAACCUUCUCAAUGGGAGGGUCCAGAAGACAUGCCCUUCACUAGUCCUAUAAGGCGGAAAAUGGUGAGAGGGGCACCAGCACAUUUGAAAAGCUUUGUGGUCGCCCUAUUCCUCGUGCCAAACCUUAGGAUUGGAGAUGCUGCUGCUCAGUUGGAUGAAUUAAAUGCAAUGGGUUUAAUUGAGCCCCAAGGUAGCAGGGACCAGGUGGCAGCACUGAAUUGCCCAAGGCACGAUGAUCAUAAUUAUCAUAUCGGCAGCAUAGAAAAAACAAUGUUCAUAAUGGCCUAACCAGUAAUGUUCAAGCACAGACAAAAUGAAUUUUAUUUUGACAUGAUUUGUAUGGACCUUUGGUACUGACUAAUCAAUCAUGGUGUUACCAGGCAUGACAUCAAUAAGAAGCCUACUGCAUUUCUCUUUGAUCUGUAUAAGCAGAAAAAUUCUCAAACAAAUGAAAGAAAGGCUAUACUGGACCUUCACAAAAGACAUCCUUGGCCAGUGAAUCAAUUUCCAGACUUGAGUCAGUUUGCAGACUGAGAACCUCUUAAAGGGAUGGCCAGGUUCCCCUAAGGAAAGAGCCUGAAAAGAUAGCUAAAAGCUUUACAGUUAGUCUUUCUCCAGGCCUCCCUGCAAGGGAAAGGAAACAGUCAGGCUUUCCAGAGUCUAUUCGAUGCUGGUCCUGAAUUGACAUUGAUUCCAGGAGAUCCCAAGAAACACUAGCCCUCCAGUUAAAGGAGGGUUAAUAGAAGCUCUAUUAACCCAUAAUAGAUUAAUAGAGGCCAGGUGAUUAAUGGAAUUUUGGCUGAAGUCCAACUCACAGUAGGUCCCCAAACUCAUCUUCUAGUUAUUUCCCCAGUACCAGAACGUGUAAUUGGGAUAGAUAUACUUAGAAGUUGGUACAAAUGUCACAUUGGUUUCCUGACCUAUGGCGUGGGGGCUAUUAUGAUUAGAAAGACUAAAUGGAAGCCUUUAGAAUUCCAGAGGCAAUUGCCAAAGGAAAUAGUGAAUCAGAAACAAUAACACAUCUCUGGAGGAACUGCAGAAACUAGUGACACCAUCAAAGAUGUGAAAGAUACAGGGGUGGUAGUUCCCACACAUCUCCAUUUAGCCCUCCUAUCUGGCCAGUGUGGAAGACAGGUAUUAGUUAUCAUGUAAGUGCUCACCAAAAGGUGACUUCAGCUGAGGAGAAGUUCAGUAAUCAAGUAGUAAGACCCAUUCUCUGGACAGUUAGCCUCUUUCCCCAGCCAUUCCUGCCAUUGCCCUUUGGGCCCAUGAACCAAGCAGCCAUGAAGGCAGAGAUGGGAGUUGUGCAUGGACUUCCAUGCACCGGCUGACCUGGCUACAGCUGCUUCUGACUGCCAGAUAUGCCAAUAACAGAGACCAACACUGAGCUCCAGAUAUGGCACCAUUCCCCAAGUUGACCAGCCAGCCACCUGGUGAUAGGUUGACUACGUUGGACCACUUCCUCUGUGGAAAGGACAACGCUUUGCCCUCACUGGAGUAGAUAUUUAAUCUGGUUAUGACUUUGCCUUUCCUGCACAUAAUGCUUCUGCCAAAACACCGUUUGUGGACUUAGAGAAUGCCUGAUCCACCGACAUGAUAGUCCACACGGUAUUGCUUCACCAGGGAACUCACUUCACAGCCAGAGAAAUGCAACGGUGGGCCCACAAUCAGGAAUCCACUGCUCCUAGCAUGUUCCCCACCAUCCUGAUGACAGACUAGCCUUUUGAACACAGUUACAGUGCCAAUUAUGUGGCAGCAGCCUGGAGGACUGGGGCAGGGUUCUCCAAAAGGCAAUACAUGCUUUGAAUCAACAUCUAAUAUAUGGUACAGUUUCUCCCAUUAGCAAGGCCAUGGAUCUAGGGAUCAAGAGGUAGAAAAGGGAAAAAUUCCACUUAGUAUCACCCCUAGUGACCCACUAGGAAAAAAUUUGUUUCCUGUUCCCGUUAUCCUAAGUUCUGCUGACCUACAAGUUUUGGUUCCAGACAUUCCAUUGUAUUGGAAGCUCAGCUUCCCUCUGGUCACUUUGUGCUUCUAAUGCCCUUAAACCAACAGGCUAAGAAAGGGGUAACAGUUUAGGAGGGUGAUUGAUCCAUAUUGCCAAAGGGAAAUUAGAUUGCCUCUCUAUAAUGGAAGUAAGAAGGAUUCUUUCUGAAGUACAGGAGAUCCAUUAGAGCAUCUUUUGGUGCCACCAUGUCCUGUGAUUAAAGUCAAUGGGAAAUUUACAACAGCCUAAUCCAGGCAGGAUGACAAAGGAUACAGACACCUCAGGAAUGAAGGUAUGGGUCUCUCCUCCAGAAAAACAACCAAGACUUGCUAAUGUCCUUGCCAAGGGUGGAGGAAAUACAGAAUGGGUAGGAGAGGAAGGUAGUUAUAAAUACCAGCCAAGGCCACGUGACCAGUUGCAAAAAAUGAGGAUUAUAGUUGACAUGAGUAUUUCUGCUGUAUUUUGUUAACACAUGUACAGAUAUUUGUGUUUUCUUUCAAUUCCUUAUAUGUUGUAACAUCAAUUAAAAGAAUACUAAUAGGAUGUUCCCCAAGGGACCUUGCCACAUAUUUUAAAUUUAUAAUGUGUUUGUAUUAUAUGAGGGAUAGUUAUAUCAUGUUAGGUGUAAUUAUGACCUGGUUAAAUAUAUAAUAAAUGUGUUUGUGAUUGUACAUGAGAUAGUUAUAAUGAUUAGGCAUAUUAUGACCUGGUUGUUUUCAUUUGGAAAUUAAUCAUGACCUAAGACGAUAUGAUUGUGUGUCAAGUUAACAAGAGGUGGACUUGUAAUGGCUAUUCUAGGUUGUCAACUUGACUAUAUAUGGAAUGAACUACAAUCUUGAAGUGGAAGGCACACCUGUAAGAGAUUUUGUGCUUAGUUUGAAGUGGAUGAGUACACUUCGCAUCCAAACCUUUAAGGUAGGAAUCCACCUCUGUUCCGGACCUUGAGGUGGAAAGGCACACCUUUAAUCUGGGCCACACCUUCUUCUGGAAGUCUAUAUAAGGACACAGAAGAAGGCAGCUUUUGCUAUUUGCCUGCUUCCCCUCGCCUAGCCCAUCCGUUCUCUCACUGGCAUUGGAGCAUACUUCUUUGGGAUUCCAGCGAGCAAAGACCAGCUGAGACACCAGCCUUGUAGGACUGAGCAGCUACUGAAUUUGGACUGUGUGUUCACAGCUCGUCGUUGUUGGAGUAGCUGGGCUGCAGCCUGUAAGUCAUUCUAAUAAAUCCCCUCUCUAUAGAGUGAGAUUCAUUCAUGAGCUCUCUGACGCUAGAGAACCGUGACUAUGAAUACACAAGGACUAGGUCUCAAGGUGUGAUCUUUUCCAGAGGUAGCCGUUCUGAUUGUCUUCCUUCUCAAAGUCUUAUCAUGCCUUUGCUAACGUUUCCAAAGGAACCGUGAAGGAAGUGGUGCAGAUUUCAGGCUGGCCCUACAACACACCAUGCCUUGACCAACCAGUGACCAUCUAAAUCAACAUGCUUUUUCUUUAAUAAAAUAAAAAGGAGGAACUGUGGCAAUGCAUUGAUAAAAUAGCUCUUUUUUAUAUUCUAAGAGAAUGGAGCUUUUGCUGGACCUCACAGCCAGAGUUAGUAAUACACCUUGAGGUCACUUGAGACUGCUGUCCUACUAUGUGCUCAGCCUAUUUGUCUACUCUGCCUUUAAGAGAACAAUGUAAGAGCCAACUUUACCUUGAAUCUCCCAUGUAAUCAACUUUUUUUGUUGUUGUUUGGUUUGGUUUCAGGUUGGCGGGGGAGGGGGUGUUGUUUUGAGACUGGGUUUUUAUGUAGUCCUAACUGUCCUGGAACUUGCUAUGUGGACCACACUGGCCUCCAGUUCACAGAGAUCAUCCUGCCUCUGCCUCCCAAAUACUGGGAUUAAAGUGUAUACCACCAUGUCCAGCCCAUAUGAUCAACUUUUACAGAUUAAGCUAAUACAUAGCUGUAAUCUUGA